GUGCAGUGAGCGACAGAGAGAGACAGCCAGCCAGCCAGAGAGGAGGGACCCCAGCAGGAUGCGGCCCGCCCCCGCACUCUCCACCCUCGCCGCCUCCGCCUGCCUGCUGCUGAUCGCCUCCAGGCACAGCAGCUUCGUCGACUCGGCGCCCAUCGACGAGCCGCCUCGUCAGCAGUCGCAGCCCCACUCCGGUGCAGAAACAGCCGAAGACCAACCACAAGCGAACUUCGACGAGGUGAAGCAGCUCGAAGACCUGAAGAAUUCCUUCGGCAAGACGUUCUCGGUGCUGAAGUCACACUCCGCCACCUACUCCGACGUGAACGGGGAGCGGCGCGCCCACUCGCAGACCGACGAGGAGGCGCGUGAAGACGGGCGCGUGGUGGCGCACCUGAGCAAGACGUCAGAAGGGGAGGCGGCGGUGGGGGCGACACCCUCCACGCGGACGCGCGUCGAGCUGAGCCUGCCGCAGCUGGGCGUGCACGCAGUCGCCGGGGAUUCCCCCCAGCAGCAGCCGCGCCAGCCGGGGAAUAACCAGGAGGCGGCGCGGGCUGCGGCCGCCGCCAUGCCGCCACAGCAGCGCCGACGGGCGCCCCCAGAGACCGCGGGUGACAAAUUGUCAUCGUAUGCCGGGAUCCAGUAUUCACCACAAGACAUGGCAGAGUACGUGUUCUGGACCGGAGAUGAGAAGGGAGUGACGCUGGCCAUUGAAGAGUUCUUGCAGGAAGGACUGAUGACUCGGGAGGAGGCUAUCCGCUUCCUGCAGGACAUCAAGCUGAACCUGGACCUGCUGCAGCAGCAGUUCUCCCAGCAGAAGCAGCAGGAGCAGCAAAUGGCCAAGGAUCGGGCUACACUUCUUCAGAAGGCACUGGGUCUUGACAAGCCAGAAGUUCCGGUGACUUCAGAACCCAAACUGCUCCCACAGGACAAUGAAGUACUGCAGAAUGACAAGAAGAAUACUGGCUCACAUAUUGAAACAAACAAAGUUUCUGACAGUUCUGAUGAGGACUAUGAGGAGCUGCUGGAGAGGUUGAAGGUGGUGGACUUCCUGUACACAGAGUACUCGCUGGAAGAGGUCAUCUACCAGCUGGCCAAGAUCAUGUUCACACAGUCUCUCACCAGGGGGAGUGCUGAGGCCCAGAGUGCACUACAGAAGUUCACAGCAUUCCUCGAGGCAGAGGCGGAGCAGGGACACAUCUCGCGCAGCCUCGAGAAGAAGGUUCUCGACGUGCUGAUAGCAUCGCUGACGGACACGUUGUCGGAAAAGCCGCAGCUGCUGGCCGCGGCUCGCGAAGGCCUGGCCAACGGCGCACCCCUCCACACGGCUCCCGCUCCCGGUAGCCUCGGUGCCGGCAGCGCGGGUGGGGCCAGUGCUAAGGACCAGAUGCUGCUGCGCCAGCUGCUGAGCCUCGCGCCCACGGCACAGCCGGGGUCGUCGCGCGGACGGCACGACGGACAGGGCGAAGUCGCCGGUGACGCUCGGGCCGGCUCCGAGCUGGGGGCGGUGGGAGCGCGUGCCCACUCUGCAACCUAGACAGCUGGGAGAUGCAGUGUGCAGUUCCCCGUCACCUCCACACUCUCGUGUCUCCUUGCCCCUCUCGGCAACUGUUUGCUUUUCUGCAUUUUGCAUUAUUUGCUUACUUAAUCCGGCCCGUAUUUGCUAUUUGCUACAGGUAAUGAACUGUUAUAAAAGACAAAUGGACCAUGCGUAGACACAGCAUUUUCCCUCACUAUCACAAUCGUCAUUGUACUAGAAAUAAUAACCUCCAUAAAUUUAGAACGGGAACUUGUGGGUGGGUCCAUAUUUUUCUGAAAAUGGCUUUUCCACAGUUACUAUUUAUUGUUUAUAUAUUAUUAUUUGCAAAUUGUUUCAGAGGUCCAGCCCCAUUCCCAAGUACUCACUGUUGUAACCAAUCGAGCUGCCCACAGUCAGGCUUCACUGUUGCCAGGUUCGAGCUUGACAUCUUGGCCACUUACAAGAAGAUGCAGGCUCGUGUCUGGAUUAUAGAUCUGACUGCUGCCCUUCUAUCUAUCACAGCACUAGCAGGGGGAGGGGUGGCAAGUCUGUAGCCCCAGUCGCCCUUUACAUCCAGAAAAGAUCCACAGCACUCACUGUAACAGCAUCAAAAAUUUCCACCCCUACCCAGGUCUGAACCCAUAAACCCACCCUCACACUCACUCACCCACCGCCCACCCAGUCUCUCCCUCUCUCUUUACAUCAUUGUUAACAUUCAGGCCCUGUAAUUCUAGAUGGUAUCUGGAUGCACCAGAAAGAUUGUACUGCCUAACAGAAUUAUUUAGUUUAAUUACAAAGAAAUAGACAUUUAAAAUUUCAUGGAUGCAUAGCAUGAAUCUGUGACAUGAUUAACAGAAAAUCUUUGUCAUAGUAAAGGUAACCUGAAAAAUCAAGUACAACAGCUAGCCAAGAAUCUGAAGGAAGUCACGGGUUGCAUAAAAAAACAAUUUCACCUCUUGUAAGUUCAUGCCCAAACAACUGGCAGAAAAAAGUCUGAAAAUGAAAAAUGCAUGGACCUAGGACAAUAAUGGAAGUAGGAAGAAGUUUUGGUAAGAUGUAAAGACUAAAGCUAACUAGUGAUUGUACAUCCUCUAUAAAAGCCCCAACGUAUAAAUAAUAAUAUUAUUAAACAAUAAACUUUAGCUGUGGAACUUCCUAUUUGCAGAAAAAUGUUGUGUCUUGUCUCUACGAUCCACUUGCCUGCAAUUCUCUUCAUUUCUACCUACCUUUCAUACAUACUUUUCCUCUUCCUUCCUUCCUUCCAAACAAUGUUGUCCCCAAAAAAAAUCUUAAUAGACCGGUUAUGCACUCUUCCAGUUGUUUUUUGAGAGCUCACUCUGGAUUUAUUACUUUUAGUACAAUUUCAUUUGUUGUUCACUCUGUCAUACUGGUUUUGGUCAUCUUCCUCCAUAACGACACUCCUGCUGCUUCUAGAUAUUUUAUAUCACACAGGUUAAUUCCUACAGAACAGGAAAUCAGCAACAGGCCAUUGUUAAUAAUGCUGUUUAUUGAGAACAGUCAAUUGCUGCUGAUUUACUUGUUUGUAAGAGUUAACCUCUUUUUUACACAGCCAAUGUCUCACUAUGUCAGUUUUCAACAAAACAGCAUUUCACAUAAUACCUUAAGAGAGUUCAGUUUUUAUAGCCAUACAACAACAUAGAUCAUAUGUAUAUUUUGAUAUAUAGUAAACCUCCUUGUCACAGAACAUAAAUUACCACUUUAAGAGCAAUUUCAUUUCAUAACUGAGAAAGUAUCAACACACUUCCUAUGAUAAAAAAUACAAUAGUAUUCUUUUACCUUGUACCAACUCUUUAAGCAAUGUGACAACAUGUAAAACUGACACAGUACGUGCUUCAAAGCUUCGACAGAGAAACUUGAAUUUUACGGCUUCAAAUGUACCUUUCAAAGAAUGAAGCAGAGAUAUUUUUCCCUUGCUCAUAGUCUCUCCUCUGCAUUUCACUUCCUUCUGUCAGUAUGUACUCCUCUUACUCUCUUUGUGAUAGUGAUUUUUCUUCUUUGACAUUUAUCGCCCCUGUGUUGCACCUUUAGCUACUGAAUCCUUCAGCUAUUUACCGGGCAAGGAGACACAAUGAGCAAAGUGAAAUAUUGCUCUUUCCUGAUUUUUCCUUAUUUGCUGAGUGUAGUAAACAUUGAGUUGUUCUGUCCUAGAAGAGUCCAGUUUUAGUUCCAGUGCUUUCUAUAAACGUAACUUCCUGUGAACAUGUACAAAAUACUAUUAAUAAUAUGUAACCAGUAAAUAUCUAUGGUUCUAUAGCUAUGAAAAUAUUGGCUAAAAUUAUAUGAAUAAAUCAAAAUACUACAAACAUUUUUCAUCCAUAUACUAUAUCACAUCAAUGUCUAAAGUAAAUUUAUGAAAAAUGCACCAGAUCAUUAUUCUUUCAGCUAUUAUACACUAAAGAAAAAUCUGUACAAUGUGUAUGAUAUAAGUUUAGGAUGUUUCUGUGUGAGAUAAUCAGUUCACAUUCCAGAACUUUUUUUUUUUCAAUUGCCAGAAAUAGCAAAUUAUGUAUGCAGUGUAGCUGACACCAUUGCUAGCAUUUCCAGUUUAGCAUAGCUGCAACUUCCAUACCUCUGUAUCAGUGUACCAGAGCAAUUUUCUUGGUGUAGUCCAUAUCUUUUUUUUAAAUUUAAGUAGGUUGUAAAAAUACAUGUUAUUUUCUUAGAAAUUCUAUAUUUUAUUACCAGAACAGUGAAGUAGUAAAUGUAAGCAUUUAUUACUCUUGUAUAAUAUAACUUAAAUAUUUUGAAUAGAUAUGAGCAUCAGUAAUGCAGUCUAUGGUUUUUUUUGGUUAGAGUUAAGUGAAUUACAGCCAUCAGUCAUUAGUACAAUUUUCUGUGUGUCUUUUGCAACCACAAUGUUAAAUCAUUCCAUCGUUGUUUUCAAGUCAAGUGAAAGUUGCGUAUCCUCCUUCUAGAGAAUAAAUAAAUAUGUCAUGGAAGACAAAUAAGAUUAUUUCUAUGAAAGUUUGUCAGUUACCAUUAUAGUUCAUUUGCAGUAGUACUAUUAAGUAUUCCAAAAAUAAUUUUCUCAUGCAAGAGGAACUAUACAAGAACAGAAGGACGUCCAUUUAAUUUCAUAUUUCACAAUUCCAUCUGUACAAAAAUUGUAACUAUAUAAAAUUUGCAUGUAUAUUAGAUUCAAUACUUACCCUGGUAAAAUGCAGUAAGAAGGCAAUUUUUACAAAGUGCAUGACAAAUUAUAUCUGCCAGAAUAUUUCAAUUGCCACAUAUGUACCAGCAAUGAUUUUUCCUUCUUUUCUGCCUAUGAACAUGCAGGGUAAAAGCACUCUGUUGUGCUGAUAAGAGAAUGAUGAGAGAUGGCAUUCACAAGCACAUCUACACUCAGUUAAAAUGGAUAAAUAGAGAAAACUUCAGAAUUUAGAUGGCUUGAGUAAUAUGAAGUUCCUUUUUGACAAGAAAAAAGUGUGACAGUAAUGACCUGUUUCUAGUGAAAUUUCUUUACUGCCACAGGCUGCAUAAUAAGUGAAACCAACUGGAACAAUAGACUGUUUGUGAAUGCUGUCCUCAAGUAUGUGACUGAGAAACAAAGGGACUUUGAUAUACAAACCAAAAAAACCACUCACAAUUUAUGGAAGUAAUUUACAUAUCUCAUCUCUUCCUGAUGUACCAGAAAAUAAUGUAUUAUAUUCUCAUACUUACAUAUUGUUCCUUACAGGAAAAAAAUAAAAUAAUUCACCGAUGUAAUAAGUUGGUAUGAAAUUAAACAGAAAUAGUACUGAUUGAUUAUUUU